CGCGCAUUCGUGUUGUUUUCAGUGGCGGCAAGAUGGCGACUCUCGGAGACGCAUCAGCCCCGGGGGUUAAUGGGUUAAUACAACAGUUCACAGCCAUAACUGGAGCCACAGAAAGUGUAGGAAAGCAUAUGUUGGAAGCAUGUAACAAUAACCUAGAGAUGGCAGUAACCAUGUUCCUAGACGGAGGGGGGAUUGCAGAGGAGCCCAGCACAAGCGCUAGUUCAGCCGGUGCCUCGAGCAGCAGACACCCCCCAGUAGAAGAUGAUGUACGAGCACCCAUUCCGCAGAAGCAAGACAUUCUGGUGGAGCCAGAGCCCUUGUUUGGAGUACCAAAGAGACGUAGACCAGCACGAUCAAUCUUUGAUGGAUUUCGGGAUUUCCAGACUGAAACCAUCCGACAAGAGCAGGAGCUGAGAAACGGGAGUGCGAUGGACAAGAAACUGAGCACUCUAGCCGAUUUAUUCCGGCCUCCUAUUGAACUCAUGCACAAAGGCAGCUUUGAGACGGCGAAAGACUGUGGUCAGCUUGAAAACAAAUGGCUGAUGAUCAACAUCCAGAAUGUCCAGGAUUUUGCCUGCCAGUGUCUAAACAGAGACGUGUGGAGCAAUGAUGCUGUGAAAACCAUCAUCAGAGAACAUUUCAUAUUUUGGCAGGUAUACCAUGACAGUGAAGAAGGGCAGAGGUACAUUCAGUUUUAUAAGCUUAACAAGUUCCCCUAUAUUUCUAUUUUGGACCCCCGUACAGGACAAAAGAUGGUUGAGUGGAACCAGUUAGAUGUGUCCUCAUUCCUGGAUCAGGUCACAGGCUUCCUAUCAGAGCACGGACAGCUGGAUGGGCAGUCCAGUCAACCUCCUGCCAAACGUGCUCGUUCUGAGAGUUUGAUAGAUGCCAGUGAAGACAGCCAGUUAGAGGCAGCUAUCCGGGCCUCACUUCAAGAAACACACUACGAGUCUACCCAGGACAAGGCAGAGUCACGAUCAGAUGACGAUUCAGACGCAGAGCCUUUCUCUGACAGUGAAGGCCUGAUCUCAGUGGACGGCUCUGAUAGCGAGGCUGGCGGAGGGCAGGAUUCAUUGGAUGGACAUGUUUCCACAGAGGUAGCUCCUCCCACAGCUCAACCCACAAGACCGGAUAGCCCUGCUCAUCACAGGAAGACUCCACACAAAGAGCUGUGCCACAGAAAAGAGGAGAGUAAGAAGAACCAUCUAGAGUCUGUGGGUAAUAGUCACAGUCAGACAGGACAAACACAGUCCCAGCAGCGGCUUGGAGAGAACCACAGAUCCACAUCACACCAGCACUCAGAACUUGCUGGCACCAGCAUAACAGAACCAGAUGACAAUGGUCCAAAGGCCCGCUUAAUGCUGCGAUACCCAGAUGGCCAGAGGGAACAAAUAGCAUUGUCUGCUAAAGCUAAGCUCAUGGCACUGGUGAGACAUGUUCAGUUGAAGGGUUUUCCCAAUGAACGCUUUGAACUUGUCACCAACUUCCCCCGUCGAAGACUCGCUCACUUGGACUAUGACAUCACACUGCAAGAAGCAGGACUGUGUCCGCAGGAGACUGUGUUUGUGCAAGAGAGGAAUUAGCCCCUCCCCUUGUGUAUAAGCCACACACCCUCCUGCCCAGUCACUUGUGCCCUAGAAAGACUGAAUUGACUGUGCUCUGUUACCACUUGUCCUUUUUUUUUUUUUUUUUUUUUUUUUAAUAAGUCCUCAUUUUAUGGAACAUCUCAGAGUUCAUAGGGACCGCCCCCCCUGAGCUGCAUUUCUCUACGUAUUUAUUUACAAACAACUCAGCACAUCCCAUCCUGUCUGGGUCUAAUUCUUCACUUGAUGGUAGCCCAUGGUACAUUGAGUCUCACUCAUAUUGAAAGUGCUAUAACAUGUACAGAAGAUGUGGAAGAGAAAUCACCCAAAAGCUUCUGAUGGUUUUAUAGAAGGCCAUGUUAUACAGAAAGCAUUUACAGCUGUUUAUCGUGUAUAUGCAAAGUUUCUAAGGAUUGAACAUGAAUCUGUAGUUGCUGCAGUGCAUGUCAAAAGAAUCAACUAGGCUGAGGGGUCUACUGAACAAGGGCUCGGGAUGAAUUGGGGUGGAUGUUUAUUAUUUAGAGGUAAACCCACAAAUUUCUCAUCUGCAAUGUGCAAGGAUGGAGUUGAGUGGCAUUUAGCUAUAGUAAGUUUCUGUCUCUUUUUUUAUAUACUGCAUCAUUUCCACAAAAAUGCUGAUUCUCAAAUAUAAUCAUUGAAACAAAAGGGACAGCUGGCCCAUUUGAGUAUUUCUUCAGCAAUUUCUUUUAUUUUUCCUUGUUUUGUGAGAGCUGCAUGGUUUUAAUCAAAAUGCAGCAUCUAAUAUGACUCUUGAAACCUUCUUAAGGAUGCAUCUGAAGGUCUUUUAUGGGGUGUUUAGGUCAAUCUUUAUUUUUUUAUAUAUAGGAUCAUUAUUGAUUAAAAGUAACACUUGA